UUUCUUAAAAAAUAAAAAUAAAAGAAAGAGUAAUUAACACACAAACCAUAGUGGAUGGAUCGAAUUUAUCUACUGCCCUGGAUAUGCUGGCAUAUAGAAGAACCUUUCGGAGCAAUUCCAAGUACGUCAACAUACAAUUCAACCUUUCCCACGUACUGUGUGCGUGUAUAUAUAUCAUGCAAGGCAACCGAUGACACACAGUGAUUUAUAUGUACUCUUGCUAUCUACGCAAGGCAAUCGAGCAUGGAGGAGAAGAAAGAGGAGAACCCGACGGUAGAAGUGCGGUACCGCGGAGUUCGGCGGCGGCCGUGGGGGAAGUUUGCAGCGGAGAUAAGAGACCCGACGAAGCAAGGGGCAAGGCUGUGGCUGGGGACAUUUGAAACAGCUGAAGAGGCGGCAAGAGCUUAUGACAGAGCUGCUUACAACUUCAGGGGUCAUCUUGCAGUUCUUAAUUUUCCCCGAGAAUACAAUCUUCCUUCUCCUCCGCCCUAUCAGCCAUUUUCUUCAUAUCCUGCUCGCGGAGGUGAUCACACUGCCACUUCCUCAACUGCUGGGCAGCGCGUCCAGGAGGAAGUUGUUGAGUUUGAGUGCUUGGACGAUAAGAUACUGGAAGAGCUUCUUGAAUCUCAUGAGAAGAACAAAGGAAACUGA